AUGCGCUUCUACUAUUUCCUCACCCUGGGACUCGGAUCCCUUCCUCUCUUUGUCAAUGCCCGUCAGGACGACAGUGUUGACCACGAUGAUGACCCUGAUGACAGUCAUAGUUCAGGUAUACCAGGCGGUGAUAUUGGUUACGAAGAAUGCAGCAAAUACAGCACGCCUGAAGUCACGAAUGUCCCAUACCCCGGCGACUGCAGCAAGUACAUCAAGUGUGAUUUUGGAUUUGGCCUUGUUUUUACCGGAAUUUCCACUGUCCACAUCUGCGAUGCGCCGCUUCAUUUCAGUCCAGUGAUUCAGACCUGUGUCUGGCCAGAGAAUGCAGGCUGCGAGAGUGAUUAG